AUGGUUGAAAAGAACCGGCUCCUGAAAGCGGAUAAGGUCGGCCUUAGCCAGGACAAUGCCCGUUUUACUUCGAGGGUCGGGGAACUCGAGGCCACUAUCUCCCAACUUCGAAGUGAACUUGAUUCGAUCAAGGCCGAAGUCGUGAAGAUGGAAGAGAGGCAUCGGCUGUUGGAAUCCGAAAAUGCUAAAGACAAGGAGAAGUUGAAGGUGGUCGUGCAGAAGACCGAGGCUCGAGCCCGGAUUAGUGACGAGCUUAAGAGCAAGUUCGAGGAUGCAGCCAAGACUAAUGACUUACUCCAGGCCGAGCUUGAGUUGGCUCACCAAAUUCAAAGAACUCUUCUCGAAGAGAGGUCCGAACUAGCAGCUAAAUUGGCAAAAGCUGAGGCCGACUUAGAAGAGUCUCUUAAGGAUAUGGAGGCUGCCGAGGCUCGUACUACAAUUGCGGUCGAGUAUGAGCAGUGGAAAUCCCGAAGGGUUACCCUCGAAAAGGCUCAACAAGGAUUAGAGGACCUCCAGGCUCAGAUACUCAAAGCCAAAGCAAUCGAGGAGGAUGCUAAGAAAGCCUUUGAUACUGAGUCUGAGGAUUCCAAGCAAACAAUCUCCGAGGACUCCGGUUCCAGUCGCACCGGAUAG